AAAAGGUAUCUAUAUAAUAUUUCAAAUAACAUUUUCCAGUUUAUUUCAAUUUUUUUCUCUGAAAACCUGUAGCUUUAAAAGUCAUUUUCUAAAUAGAGAAGAUUUGCUUUAUCCAUGCAUUCCUGCACAAAAUGCACUCAGAAGGAAGGGGAAUCAUUCAGAGCUGAUUUGAUCUAAAUAUGGACUAUGGAUGUGAGUUUUGCCAUGGCUGAUGUCCAGAAGAGUGAAAGUGACUCCUGAGGGCUGGUGCCCAGAGUUUAGAGAGAUUGUUGAGAAGAUGAGAAAGAGAGCGAGGGAAGGGGAGUGUGAUGGACAGACCGAGACCCUCUUCACUUCAUGAAAGACUCACUUCUGGAAAGAGAGCGUUCACUUAUCCUUAAGAGGCCGUUUAGACUGCAGGACAUCAUCAAAAAUGGACACUGCUGAACUCAGAUAUGCAUAUUUAUCAUUCGUCUGCAUUACUAGUAAUGGAAAUUGUUGAGAUUUCAGUGGAGCUUUAUUUGAUUUAAGAAAUACAGAAAGGAACCGACAUCCAACUGGACCAGAAAGAGCAUCAUCCAAACCAACCGCCAUGGAGAUCUUUGAAGGACAUUCUAACAUCACAUCUGAGUCUCCCGUCAAUACCAGCGUGCACCUCCAGGGGGCGCCGUACCUGAAGAAACAUGCCCACCUGCACGAGUCUCUGUACCAGGAGUUCUACGUCCUGUGGGUGACGCUGAUGGUGGUGAACACGCUCAUGUUUGUGGUCGGCGUGGUCCUGAACAGCCUGGCGCUGUACGUGUUCUGCCAGCGCAGCCGCUCUCGGACGACCCCGGCCAUUUACACCAUAAACCUGGCGGUGGCCGACCUGCUGGUGGCGCUGUCGCUCCCGGCCCGCAUCGCGCUUUACCACAGCGGCGGCGACUGUGUGGCGUGUUUCUACAUGCACACCUUCAGCUACUUCGUGAACAUGUACUGCAGUAUUUUGUUUCUCACUAGCAUCUGCGUGGAUCGCUACAUGGCGGUGGUGCGUUCGGCGGGAAGCCGUAGGCGGAGCCCAGCGGCUGCGAAAUGCGUUAGCGUUUGCGUUUGGCUGUUCGCCGUCGUGGUCACGUACUCGCUGCAAACCUCAGCUCUGGAUUUUAACGGAGCUUCAUGUUGUCACGUCGCCGUUCUCUUCGCCCUCACCGUGCUGGAGUUCGUCUUGCCGCUACUUGUAAUCGCGACGUUUACGAUCCGCGUUGCCUGCGCGCUAGCAGACAGCAGGCUAAUGCCGCAGAGCUGGGGUCGACGCGCGCGCGCCGUCAGGCUGCUAGUAGCCGUAUUAGUGGUGUUCACCGUGUGCUUCACGCCGUAUCAUGUGCGCGAGGCCGUGGUGUACUUCCAGCUAGGGGGCAGCAGAGAGCAACACGUCGUUGCGUAUCAUGUGACCAUCACGCUAAGCAGUCUGAACAGCUGCCUGGAUCCUGUGGUUUACUGCUUCGUGCCGGAUAGUUUCCGCUCCACCCUGCGAAGGGAGCAGAAGAAGAGAUUCGGAGAGCAUCCGGUGGCAAUCAAGGGAAACAGGAGCACUAAAGCUGCGGGAACACCGAUGGCCAUCGCAUACAGCGUUGCAACGCUCACGCUCACACCCUGCAUAGUGACGUCCACAGACAUUCCCACCUGACUUUAAACACUCCCACAGGGACCUGAAAUAUCAUCCAAAUUAGAGCUAUUUUGUAACAGCCGAAUUAGAAACAUCAAAUUUUUCCUUUCUGUUGUCACUGUAUGUCAACUAUAACACCAUUUCAGGAAGAGAAAUAGAAACCUCUGAGCACUAAAAUGUUCCUCUGAGCAUAUUCUUCUCGCUCCUCGGGAGUAUAAUAUCAUCAGACAGAUAUUCAUAUUGAUUGGCGGGUGAGGGAAGUGAUGUGUCCCGCGUCUGAUGGCAGUUUUACGGGGUUAUGAUGAACUGUUUAUUUUGCUCCACAUCUUGAUUUAAUGGAGAUGUUGGCUCAUGUGUUUAUGUGUGAAGAGUGAAGACCACACCGACACCAGAAACCACUUCUACAGAUAAACAUCUUUACGACUGAACAUAAACUGCCUUUUAUGAUCUGUUUAAAGUAGGCCUACUUGUGGAUAUCUGUCCAAACAAAUCGGUCCAAUGUCUGUCAGUACAGUAAUAGCGUAUUCUCCUAUUAAAAAAAACAACAUUCAGGUUUUUUUUUUUUUUUACAGGAGAAUAUACAACACAUAUAUUCUAAUGUUAAAAAAGAAACAUUUUCACGCACAUAUUAUGUGGUGAAUUUUAUUUAAAAGGUUUUAUUUAAUUUAAAAAAUGAGGAUAUUUUAUAGAUUGAAUGAUUAUUUGUCUCCAGUACUAAACAUAUGUUUGACUGUAACACACUAAAAUGUACCACAAGAGGGCAUCAUGUCCUUCGGAAUUAUUUGUGGAUAAAGGAACCGAAACUUGUUUCUGCCACGGAAUAAAUCUAUUUAAAAGAUUAUUGCGAUUUUUUUAAUCACACAAUUCUGACUUUGUCCCCCUCACAAUUGCGAAUUUAUAUAUUUUUUAUUUUCUGGCGGAAACAAGCUUUCGUUAAAAGGAAAAUGAGGUAGGUUUGUAAUUGUAAAAAAAAAAUAAUAAUGUAUAAAUAUCACUAAUAAACAUACUAGUUAUCUGUCACCCUUUUAAUAAUAUUUGCAACGUGUUGUUUUUUAACUUUUAUUUAUAUAUUUUUGAAGUUACAUCAUGUUAUAUAUCAGUUCUACCACAGUGUUUUUA